CACACACACACGACACACAUCAGAAAGGUGCUCAGGUUGCAAAGUCUCCGUUUUGAACAGAUUUUAAUUUAAUUACAUUUAACGCUCCAGACCUCCUCUUCUCGGCGAUGUGGUGCGGUCGCGUGGCUCUUAGUCGGCUCCAGCGGAUCGCCGUGGCUCCGUUAAACUCAUUAAGUAUUACCGGGGGUUUACCGGGCGCCGUGCGGAGAGAGAUGUCGUCCCUACCGCGGGUCUACAUCACGCGCCAGAUCCCGCCGGAGGGGCUGAAGAUUCUCAGCGAGUCCGGACAAGUGCAGUUUGAUCUGUGGGACUCAGAUGACGUCCCCGUGCCCCGGAAGGAGUUGCUCCAGAAGGUCAAAGGUGUCGAUGCGCUGGUCUGCGUGCUCACGGAGAAGAUCGACGCCGAGCUAUUGGACGCUGCAGGUCCUAACCUCAGGGUCCUGAGCACCAUGUCAGUGGGUUUUGACCACCUCUCCCUGGAGGAACUAAAGAAAAGGGGCAUCCGUGUGGGUUAUACCCCAGAUGUGUUAACAGAUUCUGUAGCUGAACUGACUGUCGCUCUACUGCUGACCACCUCCAGGAGACUCAUAGAGGCUACACAUGAAGCCAAGAGUGGCGGCUGGGGAACAUGGAGGACUCUGUGGCUGUGUGGAUAUGAGCUGGCUAACAGCACGGUGGGAAUCCUGGGACUGGGCAGGAUCGGAGUGGCUAUCGCUGAGCGUCUGAAGCCGUUCAAGGUUAAGAAGUUCAUCUACACGGACGUGGCUCCCCGACCAGAGCUGGCCAGUUUGAUCGACGCAGAAUAUGUCUCUAUGGAUGAGUUGGCCAGCCAGUCUGACUUCCUGACAGUGUGUUGUGCUCUGACACCAGAGACUAAAGACAUCUGUAACAAGGACCUGUUCUCUAAGAUGAAGAAUACCUCCAUUUUCAUCAACACCAGCAGGGGAGGGGUGGUACACCAGGAGGAUCUGUAUGAAGCCCUGUCCAGUGGUCAGAUAGCUGGAGCCGGACUAGACGUCACCGUCCCUGAACCCCUGCCCACCAGCCACCCACUCUUCACCCUUAACAACUGUGUGAUCCUCCCCCACAUUGCCAGUGCGUCCUACGUCACACGUAAUGCCAUGUCUGCCCUGGCAGCCAACAACCUGCUACUAGGUCUGAAGGGACAGCCAAUGAUCAAAGAGCUCAAGCUGUAGCUGCCAAUCACCUGCUUUCGGGAACACAAGAGAAGAACCAAUCACCUGCUUUCGGAACGCCAGAAGAGAACCAAUCACUUGCUUUCGGAACACCAGAGGAGAACCAAUCACCUGCUUUCGGAACGCCAGAAGAGAACCAAUCACUUGCUUUCGGAACGCCAGAAGAGAACCAAUCACUUGCUUUCGGAACACCAGAGGAGAACCAAUCACUUGCUUUCGGAACGCCAGAAGAGAACCAAUGACCUGCUUUCGGAACGCCAGAGGAGAACCAAUGAACCAACAGUUCUUACCAGAACUGUAAAUGAUGUAGUUGACUCUGGUCAAGAAAUGAGUAGAUUAUAGAGAAUAGUGGUGGCUGUCGUCAUCGACCAGCAACACUUUAACUCAACAUGGCACCGUAGCAGUCAGCACUUCCUCAUUUCAGAUGUUUUUAUCAUUUAGUUUCAUAAUAAUAAUGAUGACGAAGGACAACAAUAAACAUGGAACUUUU